CCGCCCCGCCCCUUCCCUCGCCGUAAAGAAAACCGAACCAAACUCUUGGCGCUCUCGAAGUUUCCGUGGCGUCGCCAAGAUGGCGGAGUCGGCGGGGCUGGGCGUGUUGCGGUGAGCGGCCUGGUUCCCCCCCCCCCGGCUCCCCUCGGGGUCCCCUGUCUGUCUGUCUGCCUGUCUGUCUGACUCUGAGCCUCUUUCCCCUCAGGCUGCCGGACGGAGACGUCGAAGGAGACCCCGCCGGAGCCGCGCAGGUGAGCGCCGCCAGCCGGGGGCGCGGGGGGGGGGGAGGCCGGGCGAGAGCAGGGAGGCUGCCGCGCUUCUUCCUCCGCCCCGUCUCCCAUCUCGGCUCACCCGCCAGCUCCUUAGGCGGCCCCGCCGGUCCCUUGGCCGCCUCCCGCCUUUCAGGACCUCCCCUCCCUCUGGGACCCGCGUCUCUCGGGGGGCUUCUCCGCGCCAGAUCUCGCCCAGGAGCAUCUUCAGCUUUUCGAAAUUGCCCUCCUUAAAGUCCAGAGUCUGUGUCCGACUGGGCUUAGCUUUCCCUUGCCUCUGUAUGGUCACUUCCUCGCGAGUUUCCACUGCAUCAAUCAGUUCCUUCCUGUUGGUGGGGACCAGGUCCAAGAUAGAUGAUCCCCUUGCUGGUUCUUCCACCUUCUGGGAAAUGAAAUUGACAAUGAGGCAAUGGAGGAAUUUGUUGGAAGUCUCCCAUGACUACUGAUCUUUCUCCUUUUUGAAUGUUUGGUCAUCUGCCCAAGGAAGGAGUCAUCCAUGUCUUCAGUUUGGCUUGGAGGUCUUUAGCAGACCCCCACAGUAAGGUCACUGUUGUUUCUCUCUCCUACAAUUUGUAUCAGAAACUCUCAAUCUGCUUUUCAUGCUCCAGGUCAUGGAUUUCUUCAAGAGUGUAGACUAUCUUUACAUAUGACGCUGCUACUCCUCCCUUUUUGGUCUAUUCCUUUAAAUGUAUUGAUUGAUAUAUGCAGCCCAUAUGUUUAUAUUGGAACAUAUCCAAAACCCUGGAUGACAGCCCCCAAUGCUUUUAUGUUGUUGUUGUUUAGUCGUUGAGUCGUGUCUGACUCUUCGUGACCCCAUGGACCAGAGCACGCCAGGCACUCCUGUCUUCCACUGCCUCCCGCAGUUUGGUCAAACUCAUGCUGGUAGCUUCGAGAACAUGAUUUUCGAGAACAUGAAUGCUUUUAUAGACAUUAAAUAACAUAGGAGAAAGAAUGGACCCUUGUGGGACCCCACAGUCAAAGGUCAUGGGGCUGGCACUCCACAACAUCCAACAAAAUCCUAAUAUUACUUGCUGGUAGUGACCUCAUAGGAGGUAGUGACCUAGGAGUGCAGCUACUGUAAUACAAUACAGUGGUACCUCAGGUUAAGAACUUAAUUUGUUCUGGAGGUCCGUUCUUAACCUGAAACUGUUCUUAACCUUAGCCUUAUGAGGAACGGCUAAGGGAGCUGGGCAUGUUUAGCCUGGAGAAGAGGAGGUUAAGGGGUGAUAUGAUAGCCAUGUUCAAAUCUAUAAAAGGAUGUCACAUAGAGGAGGGAGAAAGGUUGUUUUCUGCUGCUCCAGAGAAGCGGACACGGAGCAAUGGAUCCAAACUACAAGAAAGAAGAUUCCACCUAAACAUUAGGAAGAACUUCCUGACAGUAAGAGCUGUUCGACAGUGGAAUUUGCUGCCAAGGAGUGUGGUGGAGUCUCCUUCUUUGGAGGUCUUUAAGCAGAGGCUUGACAACCAUAUGUCAGGAGUGCUCUGAUGGUGUUUCCUGCUUGGCAGGGGGUUGGACUCGAUGGCCCUUGUGGUCUCUUCCAACUCUAUGAUUCUAUGAUUCUUAACCUGAGGCACCACUUUAGCUAAUGGGGUGCCGCGCUGCCACCACGCAAUUUCUGUUCUCAUCCUGAAGCAAAGUUCUUAACCCAAGGUACUAUUUCUGGGUUAGCGGAGUCUGUAACCUGAAGCGUGGUGCCACUGUACUUCCAAUUCCCACUCCCUUGAGCAGCUUCAGAAGGGCAUCAUAUUAAAUGACACAGUUAUUCUAAUAACCCAUUAAACUAAUAAUCUUAUUUUAGUAUAGGCAACUCCUGUUUUAGGCACGUCCAAACGACAUAUGAUUGCACACAUGUGCAAGGCACUAAACCUGGUAGUAGCCCCAAAAUAUACUAAAGAUACCAUGAAAACUACUCCCACUGUUACAAUGAGUUUUUGGAAGUAACCUCUCCCCCCAAAAGCAUUUUAAAGAAUGAGAUCAUAAAUAUCAAGGGAGGAACUCAACAGUGCUUGCCAGAUGAAACAACCUGCUUUCUUCUCCCCCUGCACUGUGUGCAGUUCUGGGGGUUCUCCCAACACUCUAGAAUGGAUUUGGGGGAUGGAGAGAGGCAGGGAAAGCCCUCUUGCAGGAACAGGAGCCCUUGCGCUGACUUCUGCUGUUGUGCCGAGUUACUGCAAUCUGGCCCCAAGACUCUGCCAAAUUCCAUGUUACAAUUCUCUGAGGGGUAAUAAUUUAUUAUUAUUUUUCAAUGUCACUAAAAUCCAGGCAAAACCCAACAUAUUAGAAUCAUGUUGCUCCAUUUAUCAUCUACUACAUUUAUUAUCUGUGGGUUAAACCACUGAGCCUACGACUUGCCGAUCAGAAGGUCGGCGGUUUGAAUCCCAGCGACGGGGUGAGCUCCCAUUGCUCGGUCCCUGCUCCUGCCCACCUAGCAGUUCGAUAGCACGUCAAAGUGCAAGUAGAUCAAUAGGUACUGCUCCGGCGGGAAGGUAAACAGCGUUUCCGUGCGCUGCUCUGGUUCGCCAGAAGCGGCUUAGUCAUGCUGGCCACAUGACCCGGAAGCUGUACACCGGCUCCCUCGGCCAAUAAAGUGAGAUGAGCGCUGCAACCCCAGAGUCGGCCAUGACUGGACCUAUUGGUCAGGGGUCCCUUUACCUUUUAACAUUUAUUAUCCACCAUCCAACUUGCCUAAUAAGGUGACAGCUGGGAAGUUAAUACCUCACUAUUCUCUAAAUAGCGACAGUUAUAACCCAAACUUUUCUUAUAGCUAUACAUAGCCACCAAAAUAUGUAUGAAGACUAUAUCGCCCACAUGUCCAACAUCAAGCACUUGAUAACUUACAUCUUUUCACAAGCACCUAGUAUAUCUGAAGACUGCAAAGUUCCACCCACGUUUCUGGCAUCAAGCACUCAGUUAUAUUUUUUGAAACCUCAAAUUUGUUUGUGGAUUUUAAUUGUGCUUUUGCUGCUAUUUUAUUUGUACUCGACUUGGAGAGCUUUUUGAUUAUGUGCUUUAUAACUACAAAAGAUCAGGCACGUCCAACUUCAAAUAGGCUGCGAUCUACUACCCAGGAUCAUAAACUGGCAGUGAUCUACCCAUUGUCAUUGAAGGGACAAGGAGUGUGCGCAGGGUGCGUGUGUGGAAGGAGGUUGCUAAGGAGGGGGGAGUUUAAGUUGGGGGGGAAGGAAAGGGAGGCAAAAGUUCUCUUUCUGAGGAGCCAGUCGGCUUCUCUCCCCAUCCCCACCCCAAGCCAGCCCUUUCUUAAUUUCUCUCUACCCCCUUAAGCAGCUCUCUCUCCCCAUCCCCCACCCCUGUCAAAGAGAGCCACGCAGCUGUUGGAUCCCAAUCCUGCCUGAUCCCCCACCCAGGGGAACCGAGCAGCUGAUGCUGUUGCUGGUCCUGAUCCCGCCUUCUGUCAGAGACAGCACAGACCACUCCCCAGCUCCCUUGCCCGCCUGCUUCUCAUUGCUGCCUCCACCAUUUCCCGAGCUCCAGCCUCACACAAAUCUCAGUCCCCCUUGCCCCUUAUACCGCAUUGCGGCCCCCUCGCAACAUGAAUGAUACAGUCAACUAAGUUGCACCCUGAUCGAUGGGUUGGACAUGCCUGCAAUAGAUGAAUCAGCUUAAAAGAUUUUUCUUUUGCCCCCACAUUCUUCCUCCAUCUGUCUCUUAUCUUUGAAUAUUAUGUCCACCUUCUUUUGCUCCUGUCUCUUAUUCUUGGCACUCAAAGGAUUUCAUUAUACUCUAGAUAGCAAUCCUUUCUGAGAAUUGUAGUUUCCCAGCAUUAUCUCAAGUAUAGUUUGUGACCUAUGUGAUACUGUUAGUCCUUGCAGAUUUAUUUAAGCUUUUUAUUAGCCAAAACUCAUAUAUAGGUUUCUAGAUCCUUUGCUGUCACUGCAACUAAUUCUCACAUCUUUCAGACCCCUUACAAAUUUUGUAUGUUCCUCUAGUUUUCUAGAAACUGAUGUCACAAUAUAUUAUCACUUUGAAAAUGUUUCAGUGGAAAAAUGACAUUGCCAGAGAAAUUUUAUGGGCCAUUACUAACGUAAACUUAAUCCAUUUUCUCACUAGCACUCAUUGAAUGGCAUUAGAAUGCACCAUCCUACUAUCUCCUAAACAGUAUUUUAAUGAUGUUUAAAUUCCUGAUUGUUCCAGAGUCCAUUGUGUUGGUUAUACCCUUGUAUCAUAGCAGUUUAUAGAGCUGCUCACAGCCUCCCAACAUCUGGGGGGCUUUAAAUGUUACCCUAGGACUUUUCCAAUUGAAACAAACUUGUCUGCAGUUAUGUACUUAAGAAUUCUAGGCAAAAAUUGUGUUCCUAAACUUUUUAAAUGCCAACUUUAAAUGCUCCUUUUGCCAUUUCUACUUGAACAAAAUUCCUUGGCUUCACUGCAGUGCUAAAAAAUCAGUUUCCCAAUUAUUUUUAGCUGUUCCAUAGAUGCAUUUUUUGUGAGAAACAAUGUUUCCAUGUGCUCUGGCACUUGUCAUGGCCCUCCAUGCACCAGAAGUGGUUUAGUCAUGCUGGUCACAUGACCCUGUUUGUGGACAAACCACGGCUCCCUUAGCCUGAAAAGUAAGAUGAGCACCGCAACCCCACAGUCGCCUUUGUGGGGUCCAGGCAUCCUAUACCAUUUACCUGUGAGAGAUGAAAUAAAAUUGAGCUUGAGAAUAAAAAAUUAUUUGAUUCUCAGCAAAUUCUUGUUACUAAACCUGCACUAUCCAAGAUAAUGGGAAAACAGGGAACACUUAGGAAGAUUAUUAUUUUAUUUAUUAAAUAAAUUUGUAUAUCACCCUUCAUCUGAAAUACUGCUGCAGAACAGGAAGGAAAGAUAAGAAGUUUGUAACUGAAAGAAGAUAUUGGUGUUAUAAAUAUGAAAUUGGAAACUGCUAAAUAUGUGAUAUAAUGAAAUUUAGAUUGGAGGGUGUCAAGGAAGUCUUAUAGCAAUGUACAGUGGUACCUUGGGUUACAUACGCUUCAGGUUACAGACUCCACUAACCCAGAAAUAGUACCUCGGGUUAAGAACUUUGCUUCAGGAUGAGAACAGAAAUCGUGCUCCGGCGGCGCGGCGGCAGCAGCGGGAGGCCCCAUUAACUAAAGUGGUGCUUCAGGUUAAGAACAGUUUCAGGUUAAAAACAGACCUCCGGAAUGAAUUAAGUUCUUAACCCGAGGUACCACUGUAAAUGUACCAGGAAACAAGAAGAAACAAUUCUUCUUUUAUUUUUUCGUUUUUAUUGCUGUUAUGUUUUUAUGUUGUGUCAAGUGUAAUGUUUUUCUUUUGUGUUAAUGUCUAUGCAUUAUAUGAGAAAACCAAUACUUUUUGGGGGGGGGGUGAAAUACUGCUGCAGCACCCUGUUUUGCACUAAGUAACUGACUCGGGUGGGGAACAGAAAGGGGCUGGAGUAGAUUUGCCUGUGGGGAAGCGUUGGUGGAUGAACCAUUAAGCAUGUCCCUCCUCUCCAUGAAGCUUCCUAAGUCAAUUUUGACCACCAAGGAGUUGCUUGUGCCUGUGCAACUUCAUUCAGAGCAGUGCUGUUACAUUGGAUGUGAAACUGAUCUUCUGUCGCAUUGGGUAUGAAAUUGGUUGUCUACCCUGUUAGCUUUGAAUAGUAAAGAGAAAUUUGUGUGUAUACUGAGAAAUCAGAACAGUUGCACAGUAAUAAAUAGAUGUCAGAACAUUAUACAUUCAGUAAAUAAUUUUUACUGUCCCCCCCCUUCAUUCUAGAUACAGUUUCUUGACUAAAAUGCUGUUUACUCCUUGGCGUAUACUGUGAUGCUUUUAUCUCACUUAUAGGCACCUAUCCUCUGAAUUUGAGAAUUUUGCUUCUGGUGUAAUUCUUCUCAAAGCAAAAUUGUACUAAUUGAUGCUCUUUGAUUUGACAGGCAAGACAUUUCACUGUGGGCUACACAAGGAUUUGUAGAAAAUGUCAUGUUAAAUUUCUGCAUUUACACUUGCAGAAGCUGACAGCGGCUUUAGAACAGAAGCCAGAUGAUGCAGAGAAUUACUGUCAACGAGCUUUUGCUCACAUUCUUCUACAAAAUUACCAUGGUAACAUCUCUUUAUUUGGUGCUGUUAUAUCCCAAAAUGCUAAAAUGUUUUUAGAGUUAAUGAUGGUCUAAAAUUUGAUUUCAUACAGUCAAAGAAUUGCCGUAUUGCAGAGUUGGAAGGGUCCCUGAGGGUCAUUUAGCUAACCCCUUGCAAUGCAGGAAUUGCAACCCCUUGCAAUGCAGGGCUUUCGUUUCUUUUUUGCUCCCCUUCCCCGCCAGCACAUUAGUAGGCUUUGCUUGUGUAUUUCACAAAAUAACUGCUUGGAAUGCACACAGUUUGUGUCUUUGCCUGAUAUUUUCACCUCAUCACACCUCUGUGCUAGAUAUAGUUACUUCAAAAUCAAUUCCAUUGGUUGGAUCCAAACUGGGUAAUAAGCAAGCAGAAGGCAUUUCUACCCUCACAAUAUCAAUGGUGUUUCUCCAGUUUUGGGCACCUUUCCGGUCCCCUAUGGCUUACAUGCCAUUCUGGUCCUCUAACUUCUGGAGCAGAUUUGGGCUUGUCAUCAAGAGGCUCAGUUCAGCUGUAACUCUUCAUGUGUCCUGAACAAUGAGAAUUUCAUUGUGGUGGAUAGGGUAAGCCCCCGUUGUGUAAACCAGGGAUGAUCUCAGCACAGGGGGGAAACCAGUUGUGUGUCGAGGGUUGGAUGCAGGCCACAGCCACCUGACCCACUCAUGGUGAGAGCCUCUAGCGGGUGUGAUAAAGAAUCACUGGGCGAGAGAUGGGGAGGAAGUGGUUGGAUCUGCCCAUUGUAUUGUCUGUGUUCUUUUACUGUUGAUUAGGCAUGGCAUAGGGGAACUACGUGGGUGGCAGCCAUCUGCGCUUUUUAUUUUUUAUUAAUAUUAAAAUUUGCAUACUGCCCUACACCCACAGGUAGGGCGGUUCACAACAUAAAAUCACAAUAUAGAAACAUGAAAGACAUAAUAAAAAUAAAAAUAAGAACAACCCAAUAAUCCCCCUUCUCCAACACAUUUUAAAAGCAGAUUGGGUGUCAAUCAACCAAAGGCCUGGUUAAAGAGUUUUCACCUGGCAUCUAAAGGUGUAUAAUGAGGGCACCAGACGAACCUCCCUGAGGACAGCAUUCCACAAAUGGGGAGCCACUGCAGAAAAGGCCCAUUCUUGUGUUCACCAGUAUGCAGACUAUACCAAGCUCAACCUCUUGUUUAAAUCAGAACCAGUGAAGACAGUGAACUUCUUGUGUGGAUAUCUGGAGGUGGUUACGGAGUGGAUGGCAGCCAGUGGAUGGAAUUAGUGGUUCUGGGAGACAGAGCAAGCAGGUGUGGGGGAUUCCCUGGUCCUGAAGGACCAGGUGCACAGCCUGGGAGUCAUUUUGGACUCACAGCUGUCCAUGGAGGCAUGGGUCAAUUCUGUGUCCAGGGCGGCUGUCUACCAGCUCUGUCUGGUAUACCAGCUGAGACUCUUCCUGCCCGCAGGCUGUCUCGCCAGAGUGGUAAUGCUCUGUGUAUCUCCCACUUGAACUACUGUGCUCUACAUGGGGCUACCUUUGAAGGUGACAUGGAAACUACAACUAAUCCAGAAUGUAGUUACCAGGCUGGUGACUGGGAGCAGCCACUGGGACCAUAACACUGGCCCUAAAGGAUCAAUACUGGCUCCCAGUAUGUUUCUGAGCACAAUUCACAAUGUUGGUGCUGACCUUAAAGCCCUAAAUGGCCUCAGCCCUGUAUGCCUGAAGUAUCUCCACCCCCAUCAUCCAGCCCAAAUAAUGAGGUCCAGCUCUGAGGGUCUUCUGGUUGUUCCUUCACUGCAAGAAGUGAGGUUACAGGGAACUAGGAAGAGGGCCUUCUCAGUAGUCAAGCCCACCCUGUGGAAUGCCCUCCCGUCAAAUGUCAAGGAAAUAAACAGUUACUUGGCUUUUAGAAGCCAUCUGAUGGCAACCCUGUAUAGGGAAGUUUUUAAUUUUUGAAGUUUUAUUGUGCUUUUAUAAUUUUUGGAAGCCGUCCAGAGUGUCUGGGGCAACCCAGCCAGAUGGGUGGAAUAUAAAUACUACGACUACUACUAGUACUACUACUACUACCAAUACUACUGUUGUAUAUCUUAUCUUUUCUAGCUGAUUUAUUAUGUACUGUACUUGUUUGUCAUAACAGCUCAAUAUUUGAAACUGAUACUACUAAUCUAAAUAAGAUUCAGAAAACUUUAGAUGCAGGUUUUGCCUUCUUCCUAGAAUAGCUUGUUUAUAUUUUAUUUCUAAUAUAUGUAGUUGCCACCCAUUAACUGACUAUUCUAGUAUGAGGAAACCUGUGUGAAGUAUUGAAGAAAGACAGAAUUAGUGUGGUUUAAUAGUGAGUGAAAUAAUGCAAUACUUAGAAAUUUAAUAACCUUUUUUUGUAGGUGCCAUUGCAGAUGCAAAGAAGUCACUAUCACUUGAUGCCAGUAAUGCUGUAGCCUUUCUCAGACAAGGGUGAGUGUUUAUUUUAUGAAUCGUAUGCAGGUGUUUUUAGUUUCCCAAUUUUGUGAAGAUCUUGUUUUUGUAUGGGGAGAAUUACUGGCAUUCACACAAGUUGCCCUCCCCCCGAUUUUUGCCACACACUCCCCCCACCAUUGUGGCUUCCUGAGAAGUUGUUCCUUGGGAAUGGUGUGGAAUGUGGGUGCAAUGGGUAGGGGGGUUGGAAAGAACUGGGGCCUUGCUUUACAAAAUUGGAAGUGUAUUCUAUUCUCAAAAUAGUACUUUUGGAUAAAUAUUUACAAUAUUUACCUGGACCUAUUUAUGAUUUCCGUAGCAAUUUAAUACAAGUUUAUUCAAGAUUCUUGAUUGCAAGUCACAGACCAAGUAAAACUAAGGAUUCUUUUAAUUAUUAAAUAAUUGAAAUGUUUAUAAGGUUUGACUGUUCCUCUGCAUUAAUAGGAGUGAAUUGUCAAUCAAUUACUGAAUUUUAUAAUGUUGGUAGAUCCUGCUUAACAAAUAUUGGCAUUUUCUCCUCUUACGUGUACAUCAGGGUAGGUGAAUACCAUAUGAAAGACUAUGAUUCUGCACUGAAGUCUUUCAGGGAAGGACAACAACUGGAUAGUAAGUAUGAACGUUCAAACUGAUAUGCCACCUCAUAGUUUAAACCAUGCUCAAAGUGGCUGACAACAUUUUAAAAAUCACAUAAUUACAAACAUAAUCAAAGUAGUUAUCACAAAUAAUGCAUUGAAAAGCUCUAAAUUAAAGAUGCAAAAAAAUAAUAUUGGUAACAGCAAACCCCCCCCCCCAAUGAUACAACAGCCCAGGAGUCUGUUCAGCAGCUUCAGUUUUUGUAGGUGGGGUCAGUCAGGGUCUCACCCUCCCAGGCCAGGUGAAAAACACCCACCAGACAGAGCAGGUCUUCCAGGACUAACAGCCAAGAUCACAACACCAUCAUUACAGUGAAUCAUAUUGUAGUUAGGCAUCCCAAUAACAAACCUAGGUGAUCCUUCAUGCGAUACUCUUCCCUCCCCUGUAACUGUGAAGAGGAGAUCAGAAGCUUAAUCUUAACUAACGUUAAGGAAAACAAGCCACCUUUAUAAACUAUGGUUUAAAGUUGGCUUGUUUUCACUAACCAUAAUUAAAAUUAACCAACCAUAGUUUGCUAGAGUGUAGAUGACAUCCAGUUUGCAUACCCUCCAUGAUAGAUGUAUUCUUUUUGGACUUAAAUGAAAUCUGAUCACCAAACUAUUUAAGUAGCAUUGAAAGCUGGGACAACAUUGAGUGCCUUUGUCAAUUGGUUCAAUAUUGAAUGCUUUUAAAAUAAAUAGUUGGUACAGGUGCAGCUAUGUUACUAUGCUAUCCUUCUAUAAUGGCAUUUUGUAAUCAAAAACGUUUUUCUGUAAUCCAGAGUUGAAUACAAUAUCUCAAAGUUAACUGCUGAUAAGUAACGGGUAGGUUACUUGUGUGUGACUGAGAGCCACACUUUUUGCCACUUAAGGAGCAAUACAGGGAGCCAGUGUGAAGCAGCCGUGAGCCGUGGCAUAUGCAUAAGGUGCAUCAGAUCCAGACUCUGUUCAAGAAAUUACUGCCUAAGCAUGGCAGAGAGAAAAAAAGCCUUUUGAGUUACAUCACCCUUCUUGCCAGCUGAACUUAUGGCAGUUUGCCAGGCCACUUGACUGAGCUCAAUGGUCUUAGGAUCCAGCUCAAGCCUGCCCCAUUCCUGGAACACCCUUUUUUCAGGACUUAAGAUCCCCUGGGCCCAGCUGCCCUGGGAACCUCCCAGCACAACUAGAUUUCCGCUAGAUCCUAGCUCUGCUCCUCCUGGCAGAUAUUGCUAUAAGUUUGCUCCCUUUGUCUUCUUCAGUAAAAGCUAGAAAGGCUGGGAAUCUCAGAUUCUAGCAAGAGCCUGUGUUUGCUAUGUAGACAGUUGUCACCACAGCAUAACAGCUUAUCAAAUCUUAUAGUAGAUGUCAUACUGCAGUAGACUAUUGUGUGUUUCAUCUGCUAGGUACUGACACAGCUUUUACUAUUUGGAUUCAAAGAUGUGAGGAAGCCAUCAAUGGUAAGCAAUGUUUUACUUAUAUGCAUUCUUAUGGGAUGGGAAACCUCAGAUGUGCCAUCCUAAUGGAGCCUUUUUCGUGUUUUCAUCUAUACCCUGGUAAAUACUCUUCACUGAAUUUUUAAUGCUUUUGACCCUGCCUGCCCCAAAAUCUGUGUGAUAUAUUCCAAGUAGAAUCAGGAUUUACACUGCACAAGUUUCCCUGUGAAGAGGAUUUAUUGGGGAACAACCAUCAGCAAACCUAGUUGUGAGUCGAGGACCCGCCACCUGCGUAGGAUUAUAAUAAGACACAAAAACACAUUAUUUUAGGUUAAUGGGAAAAAUUAGGCCACAACUUUAUUGGUUACAGCAUGUGAGUAGUAUUGCCUUAGGCACUGGAUAAAACAUCAACACAUGACUCCACCCCUCUCAGCAGGGAGUCAUUUCAGGGUUAACAACCAGUGGGAGAAGCUUGUUGAUGCAAAUACAACUGGAAGCUUCCCCAUGAUGUCACCGGGGGUUGUGCCAUGGCCCUAGCCACCAGCAGGGCAUCGGACAGGAUCCACGACCGCCGGAUUCCUUUAACAGAAUACCCCAAAGAGGAGGGGUAGAUGAUGGCCCAUACCCAAUCCUCCAACACAGCACACCUAUUCCAAUGCCUAACCGCCAAUACCAGAAAGUUGUGAUGAGUUGCUACGAGGUAGACGAGAAAACCAAGAGGCUGGUGCCAAAUUGCCAAAUGGAUAAAAAAAAGUCCUACCAGUCCAACCGAAGUCCAUAGCAAGGUCAAUACGCAAAGGAAGCUGACCAAAGAGGGAGGGAGGGAGAUCCGAUGCAAGCAGGAACUGACUAGGGUCAGAGAGCUGCCGUGGCUGCUUAAAUGCAGCUAACCCCACCCACCAGCCAGCCCUUUUGGCCGACUGAAAGGCUUGGCCGCAGCAGCAGAGGCAAUCAGAAGCAGGGAGCUGGAUACGCCUCCCUGCCGCUGCGGGAAGCUGCUCCCACUCACAACUCCUCCCCUCUGGGAGGAGGAGAGGCCUUGUAGAACCUGCCAAGUGGGUUACGAUAUCUAGUGCAACACUUGUUUUUCCAAAUAACUUACAAAUACAUAAAUAUAUUCAUAUUUAUGAUUAGGGUGGCAACAUGUAUGUGUGUGAGCAUGCAAGUGGUUCGUAUACAAAAAGGUGUGACUUUCAGAAAAUGUGUGGUAGAGAGACAUUGCAAUUAUAGACUGAAUUUAUUUUCAACCUUUCUAUCUUGCUUCUGCCAUAGAAUGGUCUCAAGGUAGCUUACAAUAAUAUAGCACAACAAAAUGCAAUACAAUGAAAUCAAAAAGAAAAGAGAGCAGAUCAACUUCUAAACAAGUAUAAACCAGUGAUGUAAGUCCGUUAAAAUAUCUUACACACAGCUAAAAGCCUGAAAGAACAGUGUGCACUUUGCCUGAUGCCUAAAGAAUAAGAGAGAUGCUGCUGGUCAGAGAAGUCUAAAAAAAUUAUUUUGUAAAAAAUUACAAACUGGAAGUGGUACUCCAGGGUCCAAGAAUGUUCUUUACAGUUGCCAGAAUUUCUUCUAUAAACGUAUGGUAUUUUAUUAAUUGGCUUUUGGGCUACUUCUUAAAUGUACACAUUUCUGUCAUAGACACUGAAAUUACUGAAUAUUUGCUUUGAUUUUAUUAUUCUUCCCUUGUAUUUUGAAUGGAGAAUAAAGAAACCUAUACCUAAAUGCAGUAAUUAAGGGGUGUUCUGUUUUAAGAAGCUAGGGACAGAGCACACAUAGAUCUUGUACACAUUUCAAAGCUUAGUUUAAAUGCGAUGGGAAAUAUGAAAGAUAUAUAACUUUGAAUUGACUGCUUCUGCACAUCCCAGUGAGAAUAUGGAGAUAAUAUUUUCCUCUUUGAGAAAUAAAACCCUUCUCAAACUCCUUAAGGUAGAAAGUAAAGCAAGGUAGCCAAGUAAGAGUCGAAAGAGCAGUCAUUUUCUACUUAUUUGACAGACAAAAUAUUCUCUUCAAGCAAUUUUAUGAUUCCUACAAGGAGAACUUCAGUUCAAAAUUCUACAGGCAAAAAUUCAGCCCCCCCCCCCCCCACGUUUAAAGAGUGCUAGAAGUGCCUAAUGUUGUUCUCCUUUAUUUGGGUAAUUAUUUUAAACCACGUAGUAGACACAGAAGUGAAAUAGUGAUUCAGAAUGGAAUUUGUGAGUUAACUGCAACCAUUUGAACUUCAAGUACUUCAUAAUAUUUGGCAUUUCUGUAACACAUUUCAUAGGUUCUGAAACCUCACAUCAGCUCAUUAAUCCUUACUGUAGCCCUUUAUGGUAGGCCAAUACGAUAAAAGAAUUGACAGAACAUUCCCUUUAGUGAGCUGGAGGAAGACAUAAAGACUAACAACAACAGCAAAGGUAAAGGACCCCUGGACGGUUAAGUCCAGUCAAAAGCAACUGUGGGGUGUGGCGCUCAUCUCGCUUUCAGGCUGAGGGAGCCGGCGUUUGUCCACAGACGGAUUUCCGGGUCAUGUGGCCAGCAGGACUAAACUGCUUCUGGUGCAACAGAACACCAUGACGGAAGCCAGAGCACACAGAAACUGUGUUUACCUUCCUGCCACAGUGGUACCUAUUUAUCUACUUGCACUUUGACGUGCUUUUGAACUGGUAGGUUAGCAGGAGCUGGGACGGAGCAACGGGAGCUCACCCUGUUGCUGGGAUUUGAACUGUUGACCUUCCAAUCAGCAAGCCCAAAAGGCUCAGUGGUUUAGACCACAGCGCCACCCAUGUCCCUAACACUUCAGUCGCUGCAUACUUUCUGCUUUUCUGCAGUUUGGGAUGCAACAUUUUAAUUGCCUGAGUCAAGCAAAGGAUAAAUCAGUGUUAUAUUGUACUACAGUGCCAGUGUUCAGAUGAGUAUGGUAGUUUUUUAUUGAUUUCUUAUUUGCAUUUUUAAUAAAUUUAUAAACAAUAAACAAUGUUGCUGAUUUCCAGUUUGUGGUCAAUGAGAGCAGGUGUCUAACAGUUUAAUACAAGUGAGUAAUUCCAUUGUGUGGUAUGAGUGGUUCAUUCUAGGUUUAGCUGUUUUCUUUCAAUUGAUUGAUUGAUUGAUUGGACUUUCCACAAUGAGCUGUGCCCAAAGUGGUUCAUUUCCAGCAUCUAGUUAUAUAAAGUUUUUGAAGGAACCAACAGAUUCAAAAUAAGGAGUCUUAAGAGUGGAAAGGAUUUGCUUAUAUAGGCUGUUUAACAAAACAGUCCAAUGUUCUAAAGUUCUUGCAGAUUUUAUAUAUGCCCCCACCCAAGGUGAUGUCAGGUAACUGGCAGGUGGCAUAGUUUGCUCGAAACAGCCUCACAUGCCAAUUUCAGAGUCAGAUGGGCCUAAGUAGGCCUCCAGCUUGGAAGCCCACCAUAACUGCCUUAGAUCUCUGUGUGUGUGUUGCUGCUGCUUGAAUGGUACAUUACUGUUGCCAGAAACUUUUCACACUUGGUGUGGAAGCUUGUUCAUGUUUCCUUGGAAGUAAGUCCCACUCACUCCCUAGUUAAGGUUUGCAAUCUAAAUGUGUCUAGUGUUAAACUGACUCAUUCUGUAAAAUAACCUGGAGCAAAACUACUAAAUAGCUUUGAUACCAGCAUGCUUUCUUUGUGGCUAAUUGAUAUAUAUUUUAAGAAACAUGUUUUCAAAAUAAAGAUUUAUUUAUUUUUUUGCCUUGCAGCUGGAUUGCAGAAUAAGGUGGUAAGGUCCCUCUAAUUUGUAUACUUGGUUUCUAGAGCAUAACACUUCUCCAAGUUGUAUGGCAACCUUUGUAAGGAUUUUAUGUUGAUGCUGAUGAGGCAUUUUAUAAUGUGACCCAAACACUUUCCAACAGGAUUCCUACUAUUCAGUGUCCACUAGUCUUCCCACCCUCUGAACCAAGUGCUAAUAGAUCAGAAAAUCUCAGAUAAUUUUUAAAUGUAAUUUAUCAGAAUUUUAAAUGUAAAGAACAAGAAACACACAGAAGAAUAUACAGUGCAUACAGAGAUUUACACAUGUCUAGGACCAGGCCUUUCUUGCUUCUCUCCUGUUAGUUAGUUAGUUCUCUCCUGUGAGUUAGUUCCUCUCUGCUAGGUCUUUCUCUUCUUCCCGUAGCUUGUAUCUCUGUGACCAUGGCCUUGGAUGGUUUCUAUCUCCAUUCAGUUCUUUCCAGCUGGCUCCCUUGAUCUUUGUCUGCUCCUUGGUCAUAACCUCUCACACAGUUCCUUGCUUUGCUGUUCUUGACCACAUAAGCUAACACAGCACACUAUGUUCCACCCUGAGAUUCCUCAUUUAAACAUUUCCCUAUGCUGUCCUUGCCAACACCUUGUGCUCAACAGCUUUCCGUUUAAAAAUCUUGCACAUUCUCUCUGCUGUGUUUUUCUUCUGCUUAUAUUUAAAGUUCUGAAGUGCUUUUAGCUAUAAUAAUGGUUUUAAUCUUAUGGUUCUGUGUCCUUAUAGUUUUGAGUCCCCUUGAGUAAUCAGAAAAUGAUUUAUUAUCUGUAAAAUUAUAUGUAGGUGCAUGUUUUUCUAGUCAUACACCCACCCACUGGUUUCAUGGGUACAGGAGUUGCGGAAAUAUGACAUAUAUGUGUAAAAUGUGCCUAAACUUUCUUUUUGCAUGUGUGUAUUUUCAUGUGGUUCUUGUAUUGAAGUCCAUUUCAUGCACAAGAGACCACAGAUAGCUACUAAAAAGUACUCUUGUAACGUGAAAAUAUUAUGAUGCUUGGCUUAAAAACUGCUAGAUUAUUCUAAUUUAUCAAUAUCUUUUCAUUGUAAAGGAUGACAAUCAGAUUUUGCAACAUCAGUCAAAACCACCUAAGAUCAAGUAAGAUGGAGUUCUUUUUUAACAUUCUCUAUAACAGUACUUAGUAUUUACAGAAUAAUUUUCCUAAGAAAGGCCUCAAAAGAAAGCCAGAACCAGUGGGACUUUCCUCAGCCAAACCACUCCAGGUGAUCUGCUAUAACCUGUCCAGUGGAAAGGGUUCCAGGAGAGGGAGGGAGGCAGGUAAAGGCCACCCCGGAGCAGGGGCAGGCUCCAGCAGAACUCUUGUACCCUGCCCCUCAGAGUGAUAUACCAUCAGCUGCCCUAUGAGUAGCAACCUGAUGGUGUUUUUUUAAAUUUGUCACUAUUGUGUUUUGUGUUCUUAAAAUACAUAAUUGAAUGUUGCUUGUUAGCUGUCUUGGUAUUAAUUAUAUCCUGAAAUGCAAUGUAGACAUAAUCAUAAUUUCAUUAGAACGUAUGGUACACUCUGAAUAAUUUUGUAAUUUGACCUUCCCCCUGAAGCCCUUUUUCCACCUUGGGCCUGGGGGUGGGCCCCAUACUCCACCACAGCAUAUAAGGCUCCUAGGAGGCCUCGGGACAUCGCUGCUGCCGCUCUGCCGUGAGUCGUGGGGCGGACCGCCCCCCCUGAAGCCCUUUUUCCACCUUGGGCCUGGGGGCGGGCCCCAUACUCCACCACAGCAUAUAAGACUCCUAGGAGGCCUCGGGACAUCGCUGCUGCCGCUCUGCCUAUGAGUCUUGGGAGGACCGCUCCCCUUGAAGCCCAUUUUCCACCUUGGGCCUGGGGCGGGCCCCAUACUCGCCUCCGCAGCUUAUGGGGCUCCAGGGAGGCCUCGGGUGUGUGGGGUGGGGUGGGUGUUUAGUUGGGUGUGGGAAUUUGUUUAAUUUAAUUAUGUUGUGUUUGUAAUUUUGUUUUUGUUUUUAUAGUUUUAUUGUUCUGUUAGUUUGAUUUUUGUAUAGGCUUUAAUUUGAUUUUAAGGGGAGGGGUCAGGGCUGCCUGGGAGUGGGUCCCAGCAAACAAAAUGGCUGGGGCAGGUUCCACAGGGGGGGAUGCACUCGGACAACCGAUCUCAGUGAUCACGGGUAGGAGGAGGAGUUACGCUAAGACCAGACCAUGUCAUUACCGAGGAAGCAGGCUUAGUCGUUGUUUGAGGACUAUCCCUGCUUCCAGGUCUGGUCCUGACCGGAAGGAUACUGGAAUCAACAAGGAAACCCACAUGACCUGAAAGUGUUGCUGUGCAAUGCCAGGUCAAUGAUGAAUAAAACCUCUGCCAUCCACGACCUGAUUGUGGAUGGAGGAUUUGACCUGGCAUGUGUGACAGAGACCUGGUUGGAUGAAGCAGAUGGGCCCGUCCUUGCCGCUGCUUGUCCACCGGGUUUCUCUUACGCACAGCAAUCCAGGCCUUGUGGGCGGGGAGGGGGGGUUGCAGUGAUUUUUAGGAAGUCAUUAGUUUGCACCAGGCGUCCUAUUGGAAAGACCCAGUUCUCUGAGUGCAUGUUCUGGAAGUUGGGCAAUAGGGGCAGUACAGGAUUCCUAUUGGUGUACCGACCUCCCCGCUGCACCAAGGAUUCCCUGCCCGAGCUGCUUCAGGUCGUGGCGGAUGUCCUCCUGGAGACACCUAGUUUGGUUGUCCUAGGGGACUUUAACAUCCAUGCCGACACGACCUUACAAGGGGCCGCUCGGGACUUCGUGGAAAGCAUGGCCUCCAUGGGGCUGUCCCUGAAUAAGUCUGGCCCAACUCAUAGCCACGGGCAUGCCUUAGACCUGGUGUUCACCUCUAUGGAUGUUGGUGAUCUGACAUUAAGUAAAAGCGAAACCAAAGAAGUGCCAUGGUCAGAUCACUUCCUGGUGCAACUGGACUUCUCCGUGACCCUUCCCCUCUGCAGGGAGGCGGGACCGAUUCAGAUGGCCCCGCCACUUAAUGGAUCCAAAUGGUUUCCAGAGAGUGGUAGGGGAUGUUUUAUCCCAUGUUGAUGGCCUUUCAGCUGAUUCCCUGGUGGCCCGCUGGAAUGUGGAGUUAACCAGGGCUAUUGACUGUUUGGCUCCAAAGCGCCCUCUCCGAUUGCAUGGAGUCCGGACAGCCCCGUGGUUUUCCACGGAUCUGAGGGCAAUGAAACAAUCGUUGAGACGGCUAGAGCGCCGGUGGCGGAUAACCCAUUCUGAAUCUGACCGGACACGGGUUAGAGCUCAAUGUCGAGCCUACCAAGUGGCGAUAGCGACGGCGAAGAAGACUUUCUUCACCGCCUCUAUUGCAUCUGCGGAAAACAGCAGCAGGAGACUCUUUCAGGUGGUUCGCAAUUUAGCGGAACCACCUGCUCCAUCAGGGCCCAGUAGCGGCCACAUGAUCUCCUGCAAUGACUUUGCAAAGUUUUUUGCAGAUAAAGUCGCUCAGAUUCGAGAAGAGGUAGACUCCACCGUGGGAGCAGGGCCGGGCGGGAGAGUGCUAGAGUCCUGUCUAGUCAAGUUGUGUGGGAUCAAUUCCAAUCUGUUACCCCCGAGGAUGUGGACAGGCUGCUUGGACGAGUGAAACCAACCACUUGCCUCCUUGAUCCUUGCCCAUCCUGGCUUAUAAAAGCUAGCCGGGAAGGACUGGGCGAUGGGCUUCGUGGGGUGGUGAAUGCUUCCCUCCGUGAGGGAGCCUUCCCAGACCCGCUGAAAGAGGCGGUUAUUAAACCGCUUCUUAAAAGACCAUCUUUAGAUGCGGCCACAAUAGCCAACUAUCGCCCAGUCUCAAAUCUUCCAUUCUUGGGCAAGGUGAUUGAGCGAGUGGUUGCUGAACAACUCCAGGCACGCCUGGAAGAAGCGGACCAUUUGGAUCCCUUCCAGUCGGGAUUCAGGCCUCAUCAUGGGACUGAAACUGCCUUGGUCGCACUGGUUGAUGAUCUCCGGCGGGCUAGGGACAAAGGUGAGUGCUGUUUCCUAGUUCUGCUGGAUCUCUCAGCGGCGUUUGAUACCAUCGACCAUAACAUCCUUCUGGACCGUCUUGAGGGGCUGGGAGCUGGGGGCACUGUUAUACAGUGGUUCCGCUCCUUCCUCCUGGGCCGUGUUCAGAAAGUGGUGGUGGGGAUGAGUGUUCAGACCCCUGGGCCCUCACUUGUGGGGUGCCUCAGGGUUCUGUCCUCUUCCCCAUGCUUUUCAACAUCUACAUGAAGCCGCUGGGAGAGAUCAUCAGGGGAUUUGGGCUGGGUGUUCAUCAGUAUGCAGAUGAUACCCAGCUCUAUCUCUCCUUCAAAUCAGAACCAGUGAAGGCAGUGAAGGUCCUGUGUGAGUGCCUGGAGGCGGUUGGAGGUUGGAUGGCGGCUAACAGAUUGAGGUUGAAUCCUGACAAGACAGAAGUACUGUUUUUGGGGGACAGGAGGCGGGCAGGUGUGGAGGAUUCCCUAGUCCUGAAUGGGGUAACUGUGCCCCUGAAGGACCAGGUGCGCAGCCUGGGAGUCAUUUUGGACUCACAGCUGUCCAUGGAGGCACAGGUCAAAUCUGUGUCCAGGGCAGCUGUUUACCAGCUCCAUCUGGUACGCAGGCUGAGACCCUAUCUGCCUGCGGACUGCCUCACCAGAGUGGUGCAUGCUCUGGUUAUCUCCCGCUUGGAUUACUGCAAUGCGCUCUACGUGGGGCUACCUUUGAAGGUGACCCGGAAACUACAACUAAUCCAGAACGCGGCAGCUAGACUGGUGACUGGGAGCGGCCGCAGAGACCACAUAACACCGGUCUUGAAAGACCUACAUUGGCUCCCAGUACGUUUCCGAGCACAAUUCAAAGUGUUGGUGCUGACCUUUAAAGCCCUAAACGGCCUUGGUCCAGUAUAUCUGAAGGAGCGUCUCCACCCCCAUCGUUCUACCCGGACACUGAGGUCCAGCACUGAGGGCCUUCUGGCGGUUCCCUCACUGCGAGAAGCCAAGUUACAGGGAACCAGGCAGAGGGCCUUCUCGGUAGUGGCGCCUUCCCUGUGGAACACCCUCCCACCAGAUGUCAAAGAGAACAACAACUACCAGGCUUUUAGAAGACAUCUGAAGGCAGCCCUGUUUCGGGAAGCUUUUAAUGUUUGAUGUAUUAUAGUAUUUUAAUUUUUUUGGAAGCCGCCCAGAGUGGCCGGGGAAGCCCAGCCAGAUGGGCGGGGUAUAAAUAAUAAAUUAUUAUUAUUAUUAUUAUUAUUCGUUUCUCGCUGUAAUCCUGCCUAUGAACACUACACAGCCAACUUUACCGCCUGUGGUCUUGAACUCCCUUAAAUUACUGCCCAUUUGCACUUGUUUUCCCCAUGUUUGGAAGCCCCUCCCUGAACAUAAGGUAUAAACUCUCAGUUUCCUGAGAACCCAUUCAUUCCACGUGGGCUCUGUCAUAUUUAUCCCCUUAAUCUUCAGUUCCAGCUAGCCAAGCAUAUAGCUGGGUUUGCCUGAAUUCUGCUUUUCCUCCCUUCCUGUCUUGUUUUUGUCAUUUUGUUCAUCUCAGAUUGUAAGCUACUGCCGGCAGAGAUUUUGCCUUUGCAGCUCAGUACAUUGCCAUAUGCACUGAUGACACUGUGCAAUAAUUAAUCAUCUUUAUAGCUACCAUACAGGUAGCACUAUGGUCUAAACCACUGAGCCUGGGACUUGCCGAUCGGAAGGUUGGCGUUUAAAAUCCCCGCGAUGGGGUGAGCUCCCAUUGCUCGGUCUCACUUCCUGCCAACCUAGCAGUUCGAAAGCACAUCAAAAUGCAAGUAGAUAAAUAGCUACCGCUUCAGCGGGAAGGUAAAAGGCGUUUCCAUGAGCUGUUCUGGUUUCGCCUAGCCCCAUGACCCAGUCAUGCUGGCCACAUGACCCAGAAAAACUGUCUGCGGACAAACGUCGACUCCCUCGGCCAGUAAAGCGAGAUGAGCACUGCAACCCAAGAGUCGUUUGUGACUGGACUUAACUGUCAGGGGUCCUUUGUAGCUACCAUGUACAGUAGUUAGCUAGUAUUAGCAGAUCCCCUAAGUGCCCCUAUUUUUCAGGGACAUCCCUGAUUUAGAGAAGCUGUCCUGGUUUCUGAUUUGAUCCUGGAAUGUCCCACAUUUCCUUAGGACAUCCCUGUUUUCAUUGGAGAAAAGUUGGAGGGUAUGGAAUUAUCUGACCCCCCAAGCAGUUUGAAGGCAAUCUGGUAUAGGGAAGUGUUUUUAUGUUUAAUGUUUUAUUACGUUUUAAUAUAUGUUGGAAGCUGCCCAGAGUGGCUGGGGCAUCCCAGUAAGAUGUGUGGGGUAUAUAUAGUAAAAUGAUCCUUAUCGAAGGGGACAUCCCUAUUUUCAGUGGAGAAAUGUUGGAGGGUAUGUAUUAGUAUUCCCUCUUUAUAAAUGAGGGGUUGGGGCUAAGAGAAUGGCUAAAAGAAUCUUUUUGCUUUCUGUGUUGGACUCCUUGAAAUUGAAUUAUUUGAUUAAUGUAAAGUGAAAAAGUUGAGCUAUGAUUUCUGGAAAAUAAUUAUUCCAGACAGCCUACUGGACAAACUCUGCUCUGCUGUCAGGCGGCACAUAAGAAUAUAGGCAUCUAGGACCAGGAUUUUAAUGGUUUCCUGUUUUUCCAAAUUAACUUAUUUGCUGAAGAAUCCCUUAGUAUCUGGCCUGGAGCCCUGUGCAUUGUGCAUUCUGUUCUUGUUCAGCGUUAGAAAGCAGAUAGGUAUAAUUAACUUUUGUGACUCAACAUCAUUCCAGAGAGAACUUCCCUCAAAAAAUAAAACCAAUACUUGACUACUCUGCAUCCAGACAGAAGAGAGCAGAUUCCAAGGCGUUAAAGCCAUUGGCAAACCAGAGGUUCCUGAAACAAUAUCCAUCCAUAGCCCCCCCCCCCCAAAUAAUAAUCUUGAUGGGUUUGGUUUGGCAGAUGCACACCCUGACCACACCAGACUCAACAGCUUCUGCAUGGUCAGCAUCCAGUCCACAAGCUCUGGCAAGCUACACUUUUCCUUCCUUUCUACCACCUUGUGGUUUCCUAAUAGGAUUGCAAAUCCCAGCCAGAGGGGAAUCUGUGCACUCAACAUCUUAAAAUGUAUUAGCCACAUAGUGGCCAAAAAGUGUAGCUGCGUGGGGGAGGUGGAGAGCUCAGAAGGGCAAGAGGAAGCUCCUCUGGUCAUUUUGCAUAUAACCUUUCCUCCACUGAUCUCUCCAGAAUCAACCCAGAAAUAACAUCCGGUAGGCUUAUGGGUCCCACAAACAACAUAAACUGACAUCCAUCCUGACAAAAUAAUUUGCAAAUUUGCACAGCUUGCAUUCCCACUCAUUACAUAAUCAUGGCCAGGAGCUAGUGAUCUGCUUUACUACCUCUAUUUCAAUUGCGAUUUUUCUGUUAUUCCUACAAACUUCCACAACAGCAAGAUACUGCAUCCAUGAGUGGCAUGCUAGGCUUUCUACCGCUGGGGUAGAUACAGAGCCAGUGCCCCAGUACCCGGAAAGGCAGGUGGCAGACCAGGGUAGUGUUCUGGAGAUCUGGGGUGGGGAUGUCCUGCUUCCUCACAUUUCAAGCAUUUCCUCCAGCAAGCAUCCAAAUAAUAAUAACAACAACAACAACAACAAUAAUAAUAAUAAUAAUAUAUUAUAUGCCGCCUAUCUGACUGAGCUGCUCCAGACAUUCUGAACAGCUUCCAAACAAAUUAUAAAACCACAGUAAAACAUCAAACAUUAAAAACUUCCAUAUACAGGACUGCCUUCAAAUGUCUUCAAAAAGUCAAAUAAUUGUUUAUUUCCUUGACAUCUAAUGGGAGGGCAUUCCACAUGGGGGGGCUUGACUACUAAGAAGGCCCUCUGCCUGAUUCCCUCUCAGGGAGGGAACCGCCAGAAGGCCCUUGGAGUGUCUCAGUGUCUGGCUUGAAGGAUGGGGGUGAAGACGCUCCUUUGGGUAUUCUGGACCAAGGCCAUUUAGGGCUUUAAAGGCCAGCACCAACACUUCCAAUUGUACUCUGAAGCGAACUGGGAGCCAAUGUAGAUAUUUUAAGACGGGUAUUACAUGGUCCCAGGGGCAGCUCCCAGUCUGGCAGCCGCAUACUGGAUUAGUUGUAAUUUCCAAGUCACCUUCAAAGGUAGCCCACAUAGAGUGCAUUACAGUAGUCCAAGCAGGAGAUACCCAGAGCAUUACCACUCUGGUGACACAGUGUGCAAGCAGGUAGGGUCUCAGCCAGUGUACCAGCUGGAGCUGGUAGACUGCUGCCGUGGACACAGAAUUGACCUGUGCCUUCAUGGACAGCUGUGAGUGCAAAAUGACUCCCAGGCUGCACACUUGGUUCUUUAUGGGCAUAUUUACCCCACUCACGACUAGGGAAUUCCCCACACCUCCCUGCUCCUUGUCUCCCAGAACCAGUACUUAUGUCUUGUUGGGAUUCCACCUCAAUCUCUUGACUGCCAUCUACCCCACAACCGCCUCCACACACUCACACAAGACAUCCACUGCCUUCACUUGUUUCAAUUUAAAUGUGAGGUACAGCUGGGUUUCAUCUGGUGAACACCCAGCCCAAACCCCCUGUUGCCUCUCCUAGCAGUUUCCUAUAGAUGUUAAAAAGCAUGGAAGAGGAGUCAGAGCCCUGAGGCUCCCCUCAAGUCCAGGGAUCUGAACACUCACCUCCCCCAACAGUACUUUAUGGACAUGGCCGAGGAGGAAUGAGUGGGUUCACUGCAUAGCAGUGCCCCAAACUCCCAGACCUCCUAGAAGAUCCAGGAGGAUACCAUGGUCAGUAUCAAAAGCUGCUGAGAGAUCCAGCAGAACUAGGAAACAGCUUUCAUCUCUGGCCCUGGCCCUGUCCCACUGGAAGUCAUCAGCCAGUGCAACCAGGGCGGUUUCAGUCCCAUGAUGUGUUGAUUGCAAGUGGUCCAAAAGGUCCACAUCCUCCAGGCGUGCCUGGAGUUCUUCUGCGACCACCCGCUCAAUCACCUUGUCCACAAAUGGAAGAUUUUAGAUAGUGCGAUAAGAGAAACCUGGUCGACAAGCAGCAGCAAGAACAGAGCCAGCUACCAUGUCCAACCAGGUCAAUUCCUCCAUACAUAAUCAGUGGCACUGGUCUUAUGAAUCAUUAACCUAGCAUUGCACAGCACUACUUUAAGGGCAUGUGGGACACCCUUGUUGAUACUCUUCUUCCAGCUGUGCAUUUUCUUCUGGAAUCUGUUCUAAGGCUCUCAUCAAAUAGUCUUUGAAACUUGCUGAGACCAUCUAUUGUGGGAGCUUACUUAAAGGUAAUGCACUUGGUUGCUUUCAUGUCAACUUGAAGAAUUAAUGAACUUGAUGCUCUUUGGUUAGAAAGGAGCUGCAUCUUCCACUUAAUAUACUGAUAAUUAUGGGGACUGAUCAAUCCUCCCUUCUUGAAAAUGAGCAUGCAAUUCCACUCCAAAAGGCUUGGAUCAUUGCUUUAGGAGGAUCCAUGCUAAAUUCCUGGAUGAUCCAUUUUCUGCCAAGGAUCAUCAUUGACAUUCAUGUUUGACAUAACAAAAUAAAAAAUAAAAAAAUUCCUUCCAGUAGCACCUUAGAGACCAACUAAGUUUGUUAUUGGUAUGAGCUUUUGUGUGCAUGCACACGAAUCUGAAUAGUAUCUGAAGAAGUGCGCAUGCACAUGAAAGCUCAUACCAGUAACAAACUUAGUUGGUCUCUAAGGUGCUACUGAAAGGAAUUUUUUCCCCCCGACUACGGCAGACCAACACGGCUACCUACCUUUAACUAAAUGUUUGGCAUAGUUCACAUGGGCCCUUGUUCAGAGGGAAGGAGUUGGGAAAGUCUUGGGAAGCAAUCAGGAUACAACAGUGGGAUAUUCACAUAAACUAAAAUACUGGUGUUUUUUUUAAAGGCAUGACUGGUAUCAAACAGAAUCUCAUGUAAUUGUAACUAUUAUGCUCAAAAACGCAAAGAAGGAUGAUGUAAACAUACAGUUUUCAGAAAAAGAGGUAAGAUAUGCAUAAAAUUCAAACUGAAAUCAAGGCACCCUUAGGUUAUAAAUGUAGUUCUUUUCAAAGUCAUUUCUUUGAGUUCAGUGUAACUUCCAAGAGAGUGUGUGCUUAUUGCAGCCCAAGAUAAAAUCAUCAGCUUUAUGCUUGAAUGGGGAAAAGUGAGGCUUUGCGAAAUGUUGGUGCAGGUAUUAUCUAAUAUUUAUACAGUGGUGCCUCGCAAGACGAAAUUAAUUCGUUCCGCGAGUUUUUCGUCUUGCGGUUUUUUUCGUCUUGCGAAGCACGGUGUCGGAAAAGUUUUGGAAAAGCUUCAAAAAUCACCAAAGUCUUCAAAAACCUCAAAAAAGGCUACCGAAAAAGGUUAUGAGUUGCUCCUCGAAGUCAAGUCGCAACUGUAUUAACGGUUUUAAGAAAAAGGAAACAAACUUGCAAGACGUUUCCGUCUUGCGAAGCAAGCCCAUAGGGAAAAUCGUCUUGCGAAGCAGCUCAAAAAACCAAAAACCCUUUCGUUUUGCGAGUUUUCCGUCUUGCGAGGCAUUCGUCUUGCGAGGUACCACUGUAUUCUCUGUAUUGUUCUGUCGUGCUGUUCACUAAAUCUUAACUUUAAUUAUUGGGACCCCAGGUUUGGUUAAUUAUAUUGCAAGUAUUCUUGUUUUAUCAUUUACAUAUUUUAGACUAUAGAAUCAAAAAUUCAGUGAGUUGCUGCUUUAUAUUCACACAUCUUGCUGGGUAUGGAAAUGUGUGAAGUAUAAAGCAAAAGAAGAAGCUGUGUGUCUUUUGUCCAUUUAAUUAUUUAUGGCUUUUGGUAACUUUCUACAGUUAAUGCAAUUCUUUACCUAAAGAAUGCACAUCAAACUGACAUAACAGGCUUUCUGAGUACCUACUUGAUGACUAAGAACAUUAAUCUUCUGUUUAUGUUCUAGCACACUUUGAAUUAUCUGUUGAAUAAUUCAAUAUAAAUUGCUGUUUGAAAUUCCUCUCUUAUACUCGACACAGAUUAGAUGUUCCCAAUGAAAGGUCUUUGCCUUCAUUUCCUGGGAAAUGACAGAAACACUAGGAGGCCUUUUCCAUGUGUUUACUACUGAUUAUGUUUCGUAUUAUUAACAGCUAGAUGUAUUCGUGAGGCUUUCGUCAGAGGAAGACUACAACUUAAAGCUUCAUUUUCUUCAUUCCAUAGUUCCAGAACAAAGUACAUACAAAGUUCUUUCAACCAAGGUAAUCUUUUAAAGAACAAAUUAUUUUGUUAGAUACUUGUCGCCAGGGUGGAUUUGAUUUGAUUUAAAUUAAAUGACGAUUUAAAUCAAUAGUCAGUAAUACUUGAUUUAAAUCAUAUUUUUAACAGAAAGACUCAUUCUUGCUGGUAUAAUCUUAAUAUUUACAACCAGAUGAAGGUUUCAUUUUUGGAAUAAUAACUUUUUAGAGUAGUUUUUACAGUUAUAUAAAAAAUAGCUGAUUCAGUUAUACUAUUAGAAAUACGUAGACCGAUAAUUAUGAAAUUAUUGUGAGGUGUAAUAAGUUAACUGUUUAUAUUUGGACAACUUUUCUGCUGUACUUUAUUGGAAAGAGAAAAAUAAAUAAUCAUUUUCUUAAUAACAAUUUAAACAAUUUAUUUAACUAAAACAAUAACAUUAUAGAAUAUGUAUCCAUGUUUGUUAACUGAUGUGGUUAGAGACUUUCUUGUUUGGAUGAUGUCAGGCGAGCCCUGGGAAGAAGGGCCUGGAACUAGUGUGAACUCUUUAUUAGUUGACUGGCAAGCACUUCAAGGUCUCGCCAAGUUACUAUUUCCACCACCCCCACCACUCCCUUUGGGAUUUGCUUCUACGUUCAGGUGCCUAUUCUGUACAGUUAAGUGUUAGUGCAGUUGUUGGAACCCAGUGGGAUUGGGAAGAGGUUGCCAGCCCUGAAGUGCCUUCCGCACUUGCCUCAAGUCUGAAUUGCACAGAUAUGCAACUGACUUACACAAUUAUUACACAAAGAUUCCAAGACUUGUGGAGUAUUCUGCUUACAAGGUUGCACUUCCAUCUUUACUGCUUCACACUUAGCUACUUGUGCAGAUCUAUUCCACUCCAAACAAUCUAUUCAUUGAAGAGGUAAGGGGUUGAUUCUGUGUGUAUAAAUUUGCAAAGGAACAAUGGAUUAAGGUUUCUUCCUCAACGCUGUAUGUUUAUUUUAUAACAUUUUUCCUGUGAAGACACAAAUUCACACUUUUGAGAACUGCAAAAACAAGCAUCUGUGAUAAUAUCUUCUUGUUAGAAAAACUGCCCCAAAUAAUCUUACAGAAACCUCUGGAAGAGUAUGACAUUAUGAAUAGAUUAAUGGAAUUCAUUUACCAAAAAAUUUAAACAUUGCAUAUAAAGCCUCAGGCUACAUAAUUAAAAACAAACCCUUAUUUCGUGAUGAAUAGCCUUUGGACUAUUAUGUAAUUUAAACAGAAAACAAUAUUUGGAAAGAUUUUUCCUCCAAAAGCAUUUUUCUUUAAAAAAAAAAUCCAAUUUAAAAUUUAAAAAAUUGAUGUUUUUAAGAAAUCAUUUAUUUUUAUCCUCCCUGCUUGUCACUUACUCAUAUUUGUAACAUGCGUUUUUACCCCCUCCCCCCAAGAAAAAUCUUAGCUGGUUAAGAAAAGUAGUUUGUGUGCAUGCUUCUGCAAAUGACUUAGGCUGCAGUCCUAAGUAUGUUUACCUAGCAGUAACCCAACUGAACACAGCAUAGUUUUGUUGUCGUCAUUUAGUUGUGUGUGACUCUUCGUAACCCCUGGACCAGAGCACGCCAGGCACUCCUGUCUUCCACUGCCUUCUGCAAUUUGGUCAAACUCAUGCUGGUAGCUUCAAAAACACUGUCCAACCAUCUCGUCCUCUGUCGUCCCCUUCUCCUUGUGCCCUCCAUCUUUCCCAACAUCAGGGUCUUUUCCAAGGAGUCUUCUCUUCUCAUGAGGUGACCAAAGUCUUGGAGCCUCAGCUUCACAAUCUUUCCUUCCAGCGCUGAUUUCCUUAAGAAUGGAGAGGUUUGAUAUUCUUGCAGUCCAUGGGACUCUCAAGAGUCUCCUCCAGCACCAUAAUUCAAAAGCAUCCAUUCUUCAGCGAUCAGCCUUCUUUAUGGUCCAGCUCUCACUUCCAUACAUCACUACUGGGAAAACCAUAGCUUUUACUAUACGGACCUUUGUUGGCAAGGUGAUGUCUCUGCUUUUUAAGAUGCUGUCUAGGUUUGUCAUUGCUUUUCUCCCAAGAAGCAGGGGUCUUUUAAUUUCGUGACUGCAGUGAUCAUGGAAUAAAAUAAGAAAUAAAAGAAAUAAAAUCUCUCACUGCCUCCAUUUCUUCCCCUUCUAUUUGCCAGGAGGUGAUGGGAACAGUGGCCAUGAUCUUCGUUUUUUUGAUGUUGAGCUUCAGACCAUAUUUUGCGCUCUCCUCUUUCACCCUCAUUAAAAGGUUCUUUAAUUCCUCCUCACUUUCUGCCAUCAAUGUUGUGUCAUCUGCAUAUCUGAGGUUGUUGAUAUUUCUUCCGGCAAUCUUAAUUCCGGCUUGGGAUUCGUCCAGCCCAGCCUUUCGCAUGAUGAAUUCUGCAUAUAAGUUAAAUAAGCAGGGAGACAAUAUACAGCCUUCUCUUGCUCCUUUCCCAAUUUUGAACCAAUCAGUUGUUCCAUAACCAGUUCUAACUGUAGCUUCUUGUCCCACAUAGAGAUUUCUCAGGAGAAAUAGCUUACUUUUGAGUAGACAUGCAUAGGAUGGUGCAGCUUUAAUAAAAUCAGUUUGUUUUCAGCUAAAACUUGGAAAUUCAGAAUGGUGGGUCAAUUUCUGUACUAAAUAUGCAGUUAUUGUAGAAUGCAUUCUCCCCUGCUGAUAUCUGAACUAAUCAGUCAUAUCAAACGAUAUAGAGGUUAGCAUUAAUCUUUUUUUAGGGCGGAACAUUGAGAUUAAGAGUCCCCAACACAAUGAGUUGCUGAAUCCUGUUUUAUGACAGCAUCUUAUGACAGAUUUCUUUAAGAUUAGUUGACUACUUAAAAACAAGAAAAAGAAAUGAUGUUUCAUUAUUCAGAUCUUGCAGGUAGAAAUUGGUGGCUGCCUUGUGGAUCCUGGAUAAAGUCAUGAACGCAACCUAGGAUUGGAGGAAGGCACAGAGGUUAAGCCAUUCACACAUGUUCUGCAGGGAAAUAGCUACUAAAGAUAGUUGCUCUGUCUAAUUAGAAAGCCAGCCUAGUAGCUCAAAGGGUGCUGGCCAAAACUUCAUGCUGCUCCUUCAGCCCAAAGUUCUUACAUUUUUCUUAUUAAGCACAAUCUUCCUUGCAAAUAUUCAUUGAAUUACACAGCCUUAAACUGGCAGGUUAAGCUUAAAAUUCUACAAGGAAGGCUCAAGCAGUAUGUGGACCGAGAACUCCCAGAAGUACAAACUGGAUUUAGAAGAGGCAGAGGAACCAGAGACCAAAUUGCAAACAUGCGCUGGAUUAUGGAGAAAACUAGAGAGUUCCAGAAAGACAUCUACUUCUGCUUCAUUGACUAUGCAAAAGCCUUUGACGGUGUCGACCACAGCAAACUAUGGCAAGUUCUUAAAGAAAUGGGAGUGCCUGAUCACCUCAUCUGUCUCCUGAGAAAUCUCUAUGUGGGACAAGAAGCUAUAGUUAGAACUGGAUAUGGAACAACUGAUUGGUUCAAAAUUGGGAAAGGAGUACGAAAAGGCUGUAUUUUGUCUCCCUGCUUAUUUAACUUAUAUGCAGAAUUCAUCAUGCGAAAGGCUGGGCUGGAUGAAUCCCAAGCUGGAAUUAAGAUCGCUGGAAGAAAUAUCAACAACCUCAGAUAUGCAGAUGACACAACCUUGAUGGCAGAAAGUGAGGAGGAAUUAAAGAACCUUUUAUUGAGGGUGAAAGAGGAGAGUGCAAAAUAUGGUCUGAAGCUCAACAUCAAAAAAACAAAGAUCAUGGCCACUGUUCCCAUCAACUCCUGGCAAAUAGAAGGGGAAGAAAUGGAGGCAGUGAGAGAUUUUACUUUCUUGGGCCCCAUGAUCACUGCAGAUGGUGACAGCAGCCACGAAAUUAAAAGAUGCCUGCUCCUUGGGAGAAAGGCAAUGGCAAACCUAGACAGCAUCUUUAAAAGUAGAGACAUCACCUUGCCAACAAAGGUCCAUAUAGUAAAAGCUAUGGUUUUCCCAGUAGUGAUGCAUGGAAGUGAGAGCUGGACCAUAAAGAAGGCUGAUCGCUGAAGAAUGGAUGCUUUUGAGUUAUGGUGCUGGAGGAGACUCUUGAGAGUCCCAUGGACUGCAAGAAGAUCAAACCUCUCCAUUCUUAAGGAAAUCAGCGCUGAUUACUCACUGGAAGGACAGAUCGUGAAGCUGAGGCUCCAAUACUUUGGCCACCUCAUGAGAAGAGAAGACUCCUAGGAAAAGACCCUGGUGUUGGGAAAGAUGGAGGGCACAAGGAGAAGGGGACGACUGAGGACGAAAUGGUUGGAUAGUGUUCUUGAAGCUACCAGCAUGAGUUUGACCAAACUGCGGGAGGCAGUGGAAGACAGAAGUGCCUGGCGUGCUCUGGUCCAUGGGGUCACGAAGAGUCGGACACGACUAAACAACAACAAACUGGCAGGUUCACUGCACUCAGAUUAUAAAGCCUUUCCUUGCCUUUGGACUAACAAGAGUGCCUCUAAGCAAAUGGGCACAACUAUCCUAAAAUGUGACAUUAUUUUAAAAUCUGUUAUUUUAAGUCCUGUCUAUUUAGGAUAGCCCUGAAUAACCAUUUUCCUUUGGUAAUCUUGCAUAGACCUUACAUUCAUAUAAAAUACACCAUCCAUGCUGUUUUGAAUUAUUAUGUUACAAAUAGCGAUAUUAAAAAUAAACAUGAAUACAUUCACAAACUUUUCAGACUUACUUUGUGAAAUAAUAUCUGACUUAUUAUGAUGCAUGACAAUACUGGCUUGAGUUCUAUGGCUGUGUAAUAAGGCAAAAGUGAGAAGUAAGACCGACAACCCCUAGCUCCUAGCAGGAACAAUCCUAUUCAGGGCUCCAUCCCAUCAGCUUUCCUGCAGGAUACUAUGACAGGAAACUCAGCUGUGCAGUUGAUCCAUCAGUUGAAUUGCUGCCCAUCGGAUUUCUGUGCCACUGAAACAAUUGUGCUGCCGGUGACAGAGCUGGAUUAAGGAACUCUCACAAACUGCAAACGGGGAAUGCAACUCUAUCCAGAACUGGUUGAACACCAGCUCUCAUACACUAGGAAUGAUGUUACUUGUGCAACCUGUGUCUUGUUGGAGUUGAGCUUCAGUUUUCUGGUCUUCAUGGUACUGCAUUACUCCCCUCCCCCCCCCGCUUGCCCCCCAUAAGGCAGAGAGCUUUAAACUGUUUUUGAGCCGGGUCUGCUUGGGUUACCUGGUGCAAAAGGAGCUUUUAAGUGCUCUGUUUGUUUGAUGGGCAAGGCCUGCUUGGCUCUGGGAGUGAUGGGGAUGCUGUCACCCGCUAGAUGUUGGGUGGCUCCAAGGGUUUCAGUAUACAGUACACAGUUUUCAUUUAUGCAUAAGAUGUGGGAUUACCAUGUGCUCAUGUGCAUGUGGGAGGGGGAAGAGAAGAAUAGGAUUCAUUUACAAUGCAGUAGGAGCUCUGCUGUUCUUUGAUAAAGGGUUUGGCGAACACCCUGGUCUGCUUACUGUGAUUGUUGUUUGGGGUAGAAAUGUGAAGACUUGGCAUAGCACAGGUCAUGGAAAAAAUAUACAAGAUGUACUUUAAAUACAUGGUGCAUUACCAAUGAAUGCAACUAAUUCAAUUUGCACCAAGAUGUCUCACAAAUAGCAUAUUUGUGGUGUAGUGGUGUAGAGAGCCAGUGUGGUGUAGUGGUUAAGAGUGGUAGAUUCGUAAUCUGGUGAACCGGGUUUGCGUCUCCGCUCCUCCAUCUGCAGCUGCUGGGUGACCUUGGGCUAGUCACACUUCAUUGAAGUCUCUCGGCCCCACUCACCUCACAGAGUGUUUGUUGUGGGGGGAGGAAGGGAAAGGAGAAUGUUAGCUGCUUUGAGACUCCUUCGGGUAGUGAUAAAGCAGGAUAUCAAAUCCAAACUCCUCUUCUUCUUCUUCUUCUUCUUCUAUUUUGCAUACAUUCAUACACUAAUAUAGCAUAGCUAAAUUUGCCAAAUGCAGCUGUGUUAGAUCAUGUUUGUCAAUUCACUGAAUUUGGUUUUGAAGUUCUGGAAAUUCGCUGACAGAUCUUUAAAACUCACAGUUAUUGGUUUCUUCUGGAACCUCAGUAGUUAUGUGAAAUUGUCACUUUCACUAGAGGGUGCUAAAAUAUUGUUUCAGGCUCAUUGGGUUCAGUUUUUAAUAGUGGCUUGGGGGGGGAGGGAAGCAAUGAAUAAAUACCUUGGCUUGGCUUAGUACUUCAUUUUCAACCAUUAACUUUCCACCAUUAUUAUUGUUCAUAGUUUAUACUCUAAUGCACAUUUCAAGAGUAUUCUAAUCUAGGAAUAGGAAUUCAAUACCUCUUUUACUUCUAAAAGUGUUGCAAACACAUUUAAAAAUGAAUGAAUGCAGCCUUAAAUAAGCACUGGAAGUUUAGAAAGGUUCAAACUGCUAUUUCAGGAGUUUUGACUUAAGACUUAAAGAGCAGUGCUAACCAUGGCUACUCAGAAGUAAAUCCUUUUGAAUUCAGUAGGGCUUACUCCCAGGUAAGUGGGAUUAGGCUUGCACCCUAAACAGUUGCGUAACCUUUUUUAGAUUUCUCAGCAGCUUUUAGUAUUGUUGACUAUGGUAUCUGGAUAGGUUGUCUUGAGUGGGAUGUUGGGAGGCCCUUUUUUGUGGUGGUUUUGCUCCUUAGACUGUGAGCUCCAGAAGGUGGUGCUGGGGGAUUAUUGCUCUGGCAGCAGUUUAUGCCUUUUGGUUCUGCAAGGGGCAGUUUUAUCCCGGGGUGCGCUUUCCCUACAAUUGAUGGAUUUCUCUCUCUCUCUCUCUCUGGUGUCAUAAAGAUAUAAAAAUUACUCUCUUUGGUCUGCUUAAAUUAGUAUAUUAAACAAUGUAAGGUAAGUUAGCACUAUUUAGUUGACAUACCUUAAAAUAUUGAAAAGUAUGAAAUAUAGAUAAUUCUCAAGUAAAAUUUUACAUCUGUUUAACAGUAAGGGCAACUUUUGAGGGUGAAAUCCUGUGAUGGGGGGGUUGGGGUAUCCCCUGGACUGUGGGGUGUUGCUGAUCCGCGUUUCGGCUUACGGUAGAUCUGUCCUUAAAAUUGUGUUUUCCUGUUGUAGCCGUCGACAGCCCUGCUGUUCUCACCACUCCAGCAGUAGCAACAAAAGGGAUUAUGUGUGGAUUCACUGAAUCCAAAGUUUGAUCAGAGUGACUAUAAAUAUUAAAUAAAUAAAUCAGAUAUCACACUGCAGCCAAGUUAGGUUUCCUUAAUCAUAGUUUGUUGGAAUUGAGCUGGUAGCAGCACACCAUAGUAGUGAGAUGCAAACACACACAACCUCACUGCCUUAAUUUUUCUCUUAGAUGACUUCCAACCCCACCCCUGUUGGGACCAAAACUGUGGAAAACACUAGCCUUAGUCUUACUUGGAAGCUAGAACAGGUGUGUACUUGAUAGUUUGGAAUCCCCUGGUUUAGGGUUAGGGUCAAACAGAAACUAAAAUAAAUAUGUAACGAGGAGAACUAGAUAAAAUCUAUUUGUAUAGUAAUAUACAUGUUUUUGUAUUGUGAUUUUGUGUUGUGAGACACCCUGAGGUCUGUGGGUAUAGGGUGGUAUACAAUUGUUGUUAUUAAUGUACAUACAUAUACUUAUUUUCCCCUAAGAAAUAGCAUUUUUGUAAACGUAGAAGCCUAUUUUAAAUUAUUUCUGUUUAGUUCAAUGUUUAAAGUAGGAGUUUUGAUUCAUGACAGGAUAUUCAAACAGCUUGCUAUAAGAUGACUCUAGGGUGAGCAUUUACAAAGGUGCCGUUGUUCUUAGGGCUACAGGGAUCCCUGGGUUAUCCUGGGUUUGAAUAGAGCUGAGAUUACUCUGCCAAAAUUACUCUGCCAAAAUGAGUAAGUUUAUGCAUAAAAUUGAACAAGCUGGACUUCAAGUCAUAUGGCAGACUGCUAACACUGAUCUUGGAAGUAAAUUAUAUGUUUGUAAUUGUAAAAUGAGUGCUGUGAUAUUUAGUGUGAAACUUAAAAUACGCUUGUAACAGGUGUGGGUAGAGAUCAUGAUGAUAUCUCUUCUUUGGCUGAUUAUGAAACUGCAUAAUAUAAAAUUAUCCCAAAACAAGAGGGAUGAAACCAAUAUUCUGUAUAACUUUAGAAUGUAUAGUAUGUUUAAAAGUCCAUGCCUCUCUGCUGAAUCAUAGUCUGUCCCAUUUGUUUUAAAUGAUACGCAGGGUUUUGUUUUGUUUUUACAUGUGCAUAAUCAUUAUUUAAUUGUGUUGCUUGAUUUGUCAAGUGUGCCUUUUUUUAGUCAGUCAAAACAUGUUUAAUCAGUGGAGAUUAGUCCAUAAUUUCUACAAGUAAAAUUUCAAGCACAUUUUUAUAAAGUUUACCCAAAAAUCUCAAAGUCACAUUCUUUCAUGUCCUCCACAUACUCAUUUCUUUCCUUCAGCUUAGAGAGACUCCUGGGGAUUUUCCUGCCAACCAGCUGCCUGCACCACUCAACCAAUCCUAAUCCAAAAGUACUGUUGUCGCCAGGAGGUCCCUCCCAGACAGAAAAACCAUGUGAUAAAUUAUAUUUCACUAGAACGGCAGACUUCUUUACCUUAGUGUUGCAGAUUCUCCCUCCAUCCUGUUUGUAGGUCUGCUGGUAUUGUAGACCUUUCAGAAUCCUACAACUGUUCUGAGCAUGUUCAGAGUGCUUCCUUGCAAGCCACACUAACUUUGAGCUUGUAGCAUGUUCUAAGCAGCUUUGUCUUUUUUUCUUUUGCUUAUUAUUUAUUUUGUGACCUUGGUAGAAAGAGGGUGCAUUAGGGGCCACAGUGUGAGUCCCUUUCUAGAAUGUUUUUUUUAAAAAUUAAUUAAAUCAUUUUGCAUUUGUUUAGGAGGAGAAAUUGCCGGUGGCUUGUGUGUGAGUUGCAGCAGCUUUUGUUGCCUGCCUUGCGCAGGUGGGUUGGGUUGGGCCAACAAACAUGUGCUAGAAAUUAAGAGAGUUGUUAGUGUCUCCUUGCUCUGGCUUCCCAUGGGAUUCAUAAAGACAGGUGCGCUGGUAGUGAGUGAUUGACUUGAGCACAAAGGAGAGAGUUGAGAUUGAGGGACAAGGGUCCAGAGCACAAGUAGUCGCCUUGACUGAUCCAAGCAGCUUGUUUACAUCCUCAAGCCUUAUUAAGUGAAAUUCAUCCAAUAUAAUGGGACUAGACUGUGCUCUGGACCCCCCUUGAGAUUCAUCUGCUAUAACAGCCAAGUCAAGAUCCUGGUGUAUGCAAGCAAUUCUAUCCUUAAAAUGCUUUGCAAACAACUCAUAGCUACCGUUGGUUUCAGCACUUCCUUUGUGCCAGACUGCAGGAGGUCCUGCACUCCCUGGAAGAGCUCUGCUGGACGACCUACUGAGGCUGCAAUGGAGGCAGCCAAGUAGGCCUUCUUUCCUGCCUUCACUGCCACUAGAUGGGCUCUAUGGUGAGCCCUCACCAGUAUUUGGUUGAUAGAGUUUAAUUUCUAAGUAAGAGGUAAGUAAGCCAGUCUUCUGAAAAGGAUACUUGGAAGCUCUUUCCCUGUCCAUGAAUGUGAAGAAAAUGAUUUAUUUAUAGCAAGGAGACAGUGGCACUGGCACAUGUGGCAUAUGAUACAUUUUUCUAAAUGAGUUCUGUACAUGUCCUGUUGUGAAGAGAACUACAAGGUAAAAAACUACAGCCCCACCAAGUCCAAAUGUCAACAGUUGCCACUGUGCUUAGCAGACUGAGAAAGUGAUUCAGCCAUAAGUAUAAAAGUAAUGCUCAAGCACACUUCCUAGGAUUUGUUUUUCAAAACCUUAUUUUCACACAUCAUCCUAAUUACUAUGGCUCUUCCCAGGCAACAGCUGCUUCUUUUUUUUGUUGCUCAUUGUUCUGCAGAGCUAUAGAAAGGUACAGGCUGAAUUCAAAGAGCACAGCUUCAAGUGAACAAACACAUACCAGGAUUUGUGGCUUAUUUUGCCCAAGCAGACCACAAUCUGUAGUCUAGGUUUGUUUUUCGGCUUACUGAUAAUUGUUUAGAGCAAAACAAGCCACAGUUCCUGGUUCAGCUGUAACACACAGCUAGGGCUUGUGGUUGGUUUUUGGAUGCAGGGGGCAAAGUGGCUCUCAUCAGCACACCCACAAUAAACCAUUUACUAUGAUAAGCAAAUUGAGCUAGUUUGUAAAUUAGCUUAAUUGUACGUUUAACUGGUAUGGCAGUUAACAUUUUUCUUUUUUAAAAAAAUUACACCAGAAAAAAACUACAGGCCUCAUUUAGUGCAUUAAAAUUUGGGUUUUUGUUGUGUGUUCUGUAGAUUGAAAUAAAAAUGAAGAAACCAGAAGCUGUACGAUGGGAGAAAUUGGAAGGCCAUGGAGGCUCUCCUAAACUAAAACAAUUUGCGCCUGGUUAGUAUGUUCAUGUUCAGUUCUACAAAUUGUACUUUUGCUCUUAUCUACACACUAUUGCACUCUUUUGUUUGAGACAAUCACUUAUUGGAUUAUAGGUCUGUUCUUGGAUGCCAUCAUUAUCCAUUAUUAAACAACAAAUUAUAGUCCUGCUACUCAAAGAUCACUUGUUGUAACGUAGCAGAGAGAAGAGAAUCUACUUUGGUCAGGAUGCAAACUUUUUUUUCUAUUUAUUAUUUUAUUUUAGUUAUCAGAUUUUUAGUGUUCCUUUCACCAUUGGUCCCAAAGUGGUUUCCAGCCAUAUAGAGAAAAACUAGAUACAAUUUAAGAUCCAAACAAUGUAACCUUAAAUGGACAGGACAGGCCAAACGGGUCCUCCUGGGAGAACUGGCUGGUCUUUGUUCAAUAUUUUAUUAAUUUUCAGUUACAAAAAUCCAAUAAAUGCCAUAUUUUAUCAAUACCAAAUAGCAAUAUCAAUUCAAAUACAAAUCAAUUACAUAGCCAAUUAUAAAAUUUGUGUGGCUUCCAACAUGCUGUACUUCAAGGUCUACUGAUUCUCUUUAAUUCUGCCUCCAGACUAUUGCUCAAACCAUAUACAAUCCACUCUUGAUAAAAUCCCUUAUACCACAGCUACAAUAAUUGACGUCAGUUCCUAUUAACACAUAUAGUAAUUUGUAAAUUUGCAAGUUCUCCUUUCUUCUUCCUGUGUGAGGUUUUAAUUUUCAUCAAUUGUUCCUUUAUUUAUCAAAUAUUAUGUCCAUAUUAGUUAUUCCUGAUCUCCUUUGUGCCUUACGGCUCUGUUGACUCAGAGUUAUUCGGGAGGGAUCUCUCUCUUUUGUUCUCAACUCUUCUGAUUGUAGCUGUAAAAUUCCAUACUUCCGAUUUCAAGCAGGGAGUUGCCUAAUGUCCUGCCAGAGCCCCGGCAAGCCUCCAAGUUCUCUCCCCUCCACGUCCAAACGAAGCAAUUAAUUAUAAGUACUUAUAGAAGAAUGAUCUGGUGUCCCACUAGAACCCCAGGAAGUCUUCAAAGUCCAGUCCCUCCUCCCCUCAAUCAGGGGGCAAGUAAAAAAUUAACUCCGCAGAUGCUCCAAGCCCUUUUUAUAAUUAUUCCAAACUUUAAUAUUUUCCUCACACAGUCCCGUUUGUCAUUAUAUUCCAUAUCUAUACUCCCAUUUUCUUUCCUCUUCACUUGCUGUGAAGAACAAAAAAAAAGACAUUCUUGGGGGGAAGGGUUUUGCUGAGUCAUUUAUGUAACAAAGGAUUUAUAAUGAAGUGAUUGGCUUCCCUCCCCAACACAUACUGUCUUUAAGCUCGAUUGAAGUCAUCUUUCCAAUUCAAAUCUGUACGACCUUGUAGCUAUUUCAAUUCGGCUGUCCUUAAUCUUUUCCCAUCAUUGCCAGCACGCAUCUGUGCAUUAAUCCUAAUUAAUCUCUUAAUGAACAGAAGAAUCACUGCUCUUAAUGGUGGCAUUGGAGGGUUACUGAGAGGCAAAGUACUUUUGCACUGAGUGUCUCCCUGCUUCCCACAUCCAUGUCUGAGCGAAAGUCAGGUACCUAGACGAUCUGUGAGUGAAGCUCUUUCCCCCAGACCCUGGGGGGAGUUUACAAAGAUAAUUACCCUCUAUCAUCUUUGUUUAUUGCUUCACCAAUGAUCUCCUGUGGCCGUGGGAGCUGCGCGAUUAAGGAAACCAGAAGCUGAGAACUGGCUGGUCUUGACUAGAUGAUAAAAGGCCAGUAACAAACAGCAUUGCUACCCACGUCCUUAGGAGGGAAGAAUUCCCAAGUCAGGGCACAGUCACUGAGACAAUCCUGUCCAGCAUUGCAAGCAAUACUUGCCAGUGGCCCUGUGACCAACCACCCUCCCCACAAGUGGAUCUCAAGGCUUGUACUGGCUGAAACAGGAAGACUCACCACCAAGUGUCCAGGUUGUUGUUGUUUAGUCGUUUAGUCGUGUCCGACUCUUUGUGACCCCAUGGACAAGAAGUCUUUAUAUGCCAGCAUCAACACAUUGAAUUGGGCCUGGUAUUAUAUAGGGAGCCAGAACAGAUCUGGUGACACGUGGCUUCCCAUGGGAGCACCUGCCCAAACUCUAGCAGUAACAUUCUGUAUUAGUUGCAGUUUCUUGACCAUCUUCAAGGGUAGCCCCAUGUAGGUGUCUUGAAUUGAUUCCUGGCUUGUAAGCUUCUUCUCUUUCCUCUUUCCUCUCUUGAGAAGAGAAGAGCUUGAGAUAGUUUUUGCUUGAUGUGUCAUAAUUGAUGUUUAACUUGUAAAAGCAGUUUUUAAAAUUUGAUUUUCAAAAUUAUAAACAUACAACAAAAAACAAUUCAAAAUCCAAAUAUCGAGAUUACUCUGAAUCUCAUGACUUCCCCCCAUCCCUUCCCUGGGUCCUAAUGAUAAUAUUUAUAACUGCAUAUCAAUAUUAUCCAAAUUUUUAUCCUUCUAAAUUAUCCAUACUUUCUGUUACUUUACAAGUGUGGUUAAAAUCCUGCUAAUGUUUUAAUGUUGCAGUGGUCUCUUAAAUAAAUUAUAAACUUUUCCUAUUCUUUUUAAAAUUUCUUAUCUUCUUGGUUUCUGAGCUUCCCAGUUAAUUUUUUCAUUUCGGCAUAGUCCAUCAACUUGGUUUGCCAUUCUUCUCUGGUCAGGGUUGUCUCUUCCUUCCAUCUCUGGGCUAAUAGUAUCUGUGUGGCUGUUGUUGCAUACAUAAACAUUAUUUUCUGGUCCUUUGGUAUCUCGGUACCUAUAAUUCCUAAUAGGAGAGCUUCUGGUUUUUUAACAAAAGUUAUUUUAAACAUUUUUUCCAUUUCAUUAUAUAGCAUCUCCCAUAAAUUUUUCGUUACUUUACACGUCCACAACAUAUGAUAAAAGGUACCUUCUUUUUCUUUACAUUUCCAGCAAGUAAUUGUGCUUGUUCUGCACAUUUUUGCUAACUUAACAGGAGUCAAAUACCACCGGUACAUCAUUUUUAUGUAAUUUUCUUUCAGUGAACAACAUGCCAUGAAUUUCAAAUCUGUUUUCCAUAGCCUCUACCAGGCCAUAUUAUUUUCUAAAACAUCGUUUUGAAAUCUUGAUAACUCAUAACUAAAACCUUUCUUUUUAUCUGUCUUUAAAAUAUCAUUUAAUUGAUGAUACUGUAACCAGUCUUUUACCAUUUCUCUUAUCUCUUCAGAGUCUUUUAAUUUUACCUGUUUUUCUACUUCGGUUAACAGCUCUAUAUAUGUUCAAUUUUUUUCAAAGAUGUUGCUUCUAAUAGGGAGAGCCACCACAGUGUUUUUUGUUCUAAUGUCUUUAUAUUUCUCCUAUACCCUAAAAAUGGAUUUUCUUAUUAUGUGAUUCUUUCAUACCAUAAGUAUGCAUGCCAUGCAAAUCUGUUAUCAUGUCCUUCUAAAUCUAAAAAGUCUCCAUUUUUCAAAAUUAUCUAUUCCCAGAUCCAGCAAAUGCAGGAUGCCUCAUAAUAUAAUUUCGUCAUUUCUUAUGUGAAUGCUCCUUUUAGUUAUUGGAAAGGUGGGAAGGUUCCUCUGAAGGAAGAUUACAACAUUUGGGGUUUUUGGUUUAGAGAAAAGGAAAGUAAGAGGAAGUAUGCUAAGCAUAUUUAAAAUAUGCACGGCAUGGAGAAAGUGGGUGGGGGGAGCUUUUUCACCCUCAUAACACGGCAACCUGUGGGCAUCCAAUGAAACUGAAUGUUGGAAAAACCAGGACAAGCAAAAGAAAAGACUUGUUCACACACCACAUAGUUAAACUGUGGAAUUUGCUUCCACAAGCAGGUAGUCAUGGCCACCAACUUGGAAGGCUUCGAAAGAGAAUUAGGCAAAUUCACAGAGGCUAAGGCUGUCAAUGGCUGUCAGCUGUGAUGGCCAAGUUUUACCUCCACUGUUGGUAGGCAGUAUGUCUCUGGAUACCAGCUUCUUGGAAUUCUUGGAAUUAGCCUCUGUGAGAACAGGAUUCUGCCCUCGAUGGGUCUGAUCCGCAAGGCUGCUCUUAUGUUCAUGGGGUGGGGAGAGAAGGAGCACAGGUAGAGAAUGAAAAAGUAGAACAGAACUUUUCACUGGCUUUUGUGUGUAGAGUGACAUUUGUAAGUGAACUGAGUGCUUGGUAGAGCCCAGCAUGAAUCUACUGUGGAACAAAAGCUGCCCUCUUUUGUUCCCUCUUCUGCAUUAUGUAGCCCAUUGUUGGAAGACUGGGAAGGUGUGGAUUAGAGGAUUGAUUGUGUUUGUGGUGUGGGAGAGAGGCCAAACAGAUAUAUAUUAUUGGGGGGGUGCGAGAAAGAGAACCCCAGUGGAUAUAUGUAUGUAGGAGAAAGGUGUGUGGUUUCAGCCCCAUUCAUCAUGGGCAUGUAGUUCCUGAGAAGAGAACUCACAAGGACCCAUAGCCUUUGAAUUAGAAAAGAUUGCCUGCCCCUGCUCUGGCUUUUAUGGUCCUGUUUGAGUAAGGAAUGCAGAGGGAAAUACAUGCUUCAGUAAACUCAGUUAUUUGGAGCUGUUGCCUUCUUUUCAGUCUGUACAUGCUAAAGUCCACCACUGUUCAUCUGUGAUAAGCUGUGAUAUAGAAUCAUAGAAUCAUAGAAUCAUAGAAUCAUAGAGUUGGAAGAGACCACAAGGGCCAUCGAGUCCAACCCCCUGCCAAGCAGGAACACCAUCAGAGCACUCCUGACAUAUGGUUGUCAAGCCUCUGCUUAAAGACCUCCAAAGAAGGAGACUCCACCACACUCCUUGGCAGCAAAUUCCACUGUCGAACAGCUCUUACUGUCAGGAAGUUCUUCCUAAUGUUUAGGUGGAAUCUUCUUUCUUGUAGUUUGGAUCCAUUGCUCCGUGUCCGCUUCUCUGGAGCAGCAGAAAACAACCUUUCUCCCUCCUCUAUGUGACAUCCUUUUAUAUAUUUGAACAUGGCUAUCAUAUCACCCCUUAACCUCCUCUUCUCCAGGCUAAACAUGCCCAGCUCUCUUAGCCGUUCCUCAUAAGGCAUCGUUUCCAGGCCUUUGACCAUUUUGGUUGCCCUCCUCUGGACACGUUCCAGUUUGUCAAUGUCCUUCUUGAACUGUGGUGCCCAGAACUGGACACAGUACUCCAGGUGAGGUCUGACCAGAGCAGAAUACAGUGGCACUAUUACUUCCCUUGAUCUAGAUGCUAUACUCCUAUUGAUGCAGCCCAGAAUUGCAUUGGCUUUUUUAGCUGCCGCGUCACACUGUUGGCUCAUGUCAAGUUUGUGGUCAACCAAGACUCCUAGAUCCUUUUCACAUGUACUACUCUCAAGCCAGGUGUCCCCCAUCUUGUAUUUGUGCCUCUCAUUUUUUUUGCCCAAGUGCAAUACUUUACAUUUCUCCCUGUUAAAAUUCAUCUUGUUUGUUUUGGCCCAGUUCUCUAAUCUGUCAAGGUCGUUUUGAAGUGUGAUCCUGUCCUCUGGGGUGUUAGCCACCCUCCCAAUUUGGUGUCAUCUGCAAAUUUGAUCAGGAUGCUCUUGAGUCCAUCAUCCAAGUCGUUGAUAAAGAUGUUGAAUAAGACCGGGCCCAGGACAGAACCCUGUGGCACCCCACUAGUCACUCUUCUCCAGGAUGAAGAGGAACCAUUGAUGAGCACCCUUUGGGUUCGGUCAGUCAGCCAGUUACAAAUCCACUGAGUGGUAGCAUAGUCAAGACCGCAUUUUACCAGCUUCUUUACAAGAAUAUCAUGGGGCACCUUGUCAAAUGCCUUGCUGAAAUCAAGGUAGGCUACAUCCACUGCGUUCCCUUCAUCUACCAGGCUUGUAAUUCUGUCAAAAAACGAGAUCAGGUUAGUCUGAUAUAUUGUUGGGAUCAAUCUGUUCUCUCCAUUUUCAAGUUUCAGAUGCGACACACCUUUAUCCUUCAUCUUCUCAUUAUACAAGGAAUUGGGACAAAUUAGUAGUUGAGAUCAAAGAAGAAGAGAAGAAUGAAAAGUUGGAGGGGGAUGCAGCUUUAAAUAAACUGUUCCAGCAGAUAUACUCUGAUGGCACAGAUGAAGUGAAACGUGCCAUGAACAAAUCUUUUGUAAGUUAACAUGAGAUUUUCUGAGUUGUGUUUAAUUUAUUAUGACUGCAAAUGUAACAUCAAUACCCUUUGACAAGGAAGCCUGCCAUAGAAUUGUAGAGUUGGAAGGGUCCCUACCAAGGAUCUCAUGGUCCAACCUCUUGUGAUGCAGAUAUGGCUGUUUCUGAGAGUUGGAGAACCAUGAAAUAAUAGGAAAUUAUUUUGCAGGUGGAAGGGUGCAUUGAACUUCUUAGUUCAGUGCUUAGUGACUGGGCCACUGUGUCUCCUUCUCGCCUGCAGAACUCAGUCUACUUGAUUCUUGGAUUAUUCCUUUUUUUAAAUAAUCGACAAAUGUGUGUUUUCCUGUUUCAGAUGGAGUCUGGUGGGACAGUUUUGAGCACAAACUGGUCUGAUGUGGGUAAAAGGAAAGUAGAAGUCAAUCCUCCAGAUGACAUGGAAUGGAAAAAAUUCUAACUUUUUCAUGUGCCGCUUUGUGCUGCCCAUAUUUGUGUAUUUACCAUUGUGUGUGGACACAGCAUCCUUGAAGCUGAAGCACUGAAUGUUCAUUUGAAGAUUAUUCCUGUCAUCUUACCUUGAUAUGCUCUAGGAAUACCUUUCUCUGCAGGUCUUAGAGGAAUUGAAGUCUCUUACUGCUUCUGUCCUUGAAGGGGUUUUUUGGGGAGAUAAUACGAACCUAUCAUUCGUACAUUUUCUGCUGGAUUGCUUUCUGCUUUCUGCUUAUGUAUUUGGAGAGUUAGCAAGACUUUUAAUGGGCCACCUAGGAUUAUUGCCUUAUUAAUACACAAAAAUUCUUUAAAUAAUUUAUUCGCUUUGAUGAUUUUGGGGGUAAAUACACUUUUCACCUACAGUGUUAAGAUUGUUUGCUGUUUAACUCUGCAUACAAAUAAAACUGUAAAUAUAUAACUUUUCCAAAAAUAUCUUAGGCUCAUUCUUUGUCAAACUAAAACAGUUGCAGAAAGCAAUUUUUUUUUUAUAAGAUAUUUAUUGAGAUUUUCAAAAUAUUACAAAAUAAAAAUAAAAAAAGAAGAAAAUACAAAUUAAAAAUAGUUAAAAACAACUCAAUCUUUCCAUUACUUAUUUUUCAUUAGCUUGCAUUUUUUGAGUUACGUAGCCUGUGGAUAGGCCUCCUCUGUGCUAAAAUUAGGAUCUUAGUACCUCAGUACCUCAGUGGUACCUCAGUUUAAGAACAGUCCGGUUUACGAACUCCGCAAAACCGGAAGUGGUGUCCUGGUUUGUGAACUCUAAGAAUGGAAGCCAAAUGGUGGAAGGGUGGCAGGAGGCCUCAUCAGGGAAAGCGCGCCUCGGUUUAAGAACGGGUUCAGUUUAAGAAUGGACUUCCGGAACGGAUUAAGUUUGUAAACUGAGGUACCACUGUACCUCAUUCGAUUUACAAUAAAAGUAACAGACAUUGCUCUAUAGGCAUUAUACAUAGUGUAUUUUUAUAAUAUAAUAGAAAUAAACAGAAUAUGCACAUAACAAGAGGCUAACCACCAUAUCAUAACCACCGUAUAUGAUAUCUAUCCCGCGAGCCCACACUGCUGUCCUUCUCCCAUGCAAUCACAUGGAACGGCAUUGAGUUUCACCUUCCUUCCAUCUUGACUUAUUACUGUGGGUGAACCAGGGUUCAUCUCUUAUAAUAAAAGUGGGUCAGUUUCACAACAAGCCAAGUUCAGACUAUGAGUUACGUUUGAUAGGGGAACGGACUCCCUCGGGAGGUGGUGGACUCUCCUUCCUUGGAGGUUUGUAAGCAGAGGCUGCAUGGCCAUCUGUCUUGGAUGCUUUAGCUGAAAUUCCUGCAUUGCAGAGGGUUGGACUAGAUGACCCUUGGGGCCCCUCCAAACUUUACAAAGCUUUAUGAAGCUGAUUUGUUACACUAACCAGAGUUUGUUAUUUCCCAUAGCUCAAUAAUAAGCCAAGGUUCAAUAAAAGCAAAACUAAACACUUGCUUUAACGGUCUGCCUUAUGGGAAUCCUUUGAAGCAAGAGGAUGUUCAGAAGUAGAUUGUACAGGGUCCAGGGUGGGGGCAAGAUAGAAAAAUGCACAGUGAGUGUGUUGAAGCCCUUGGGGACAAAUGGCACAUUGUGUCUUAGGCUCUGGUAUCAUUCCCUUUCCCAAGAUCAAACUUCAGCCCCAAAGGUGUUCUGUUAAUUUCCUAGACUGGGAAAGUGAAUUGAGAGUCCCGUCCCCCCACUGCUGCCCUCGGACUAUGUACAGUUUUGUUUUGUCCCUCUGUUACCUCUGGUCAAACAGGUUUGGCAGUGUUUUGAAACAGAACACACAUCUCCAGAACCUGUUUACCACUAGGGAAAGCAGAUUGAGUCUAUGCAUUGUGAACAGAAAAGUCUCUUUCAAAUCAUCUGCAACUGUCUGAGGGGCAGGGACACACACAGGUUGUUGGGGUUUUGGAGGGGGGAUUGUUGCUGUUGAUUUUUUGUAUAUUUUAGAUUUUUUGAUUUAUGUGGAAAUCGUUCAGUUUGAUUUUGUAUUAUGUUUUAGUUACUGCUUACAGCUGCUUUUGUUAUGUUUUGGGGUUUUUUUCAUGUUGUAAGCUGCCUUGAGCAUGGUUUGAGCAUGGAAAGGUGGCCUACAAAUAAAAUUAUGUACAUAUGUA